AUGGCUGUUUCGCGCCAGUGCGUCCGCAUCUCGCUCUUUCAGUGCGCGCCGCUCUCCGAUACCAGCGUCCACCAAGCGCAUCGUGCCUCCCAGGCAGACGGGAGGCCUGAGGCCAGGCAUCCUCUGUUUCGCAGCCGCUCGGCCGACUACCGCGGUGAUGUGCUGAUCCCCUUGGUGUCCAUCGCCUCGUCGUCUCUGCAGUCGGUGCAUCAUAAAACGGGAACUGUGAAGCUCCACCAGCUUCGUGACGGACUUGAGGGCCGUUUAUCGACCUACUGUGUACUGCAUGUGCCGGCUUCUCGCACAAGGUCGUUUGUGGAGGAGCACCGGCUCAGUCCGUCGUCUUUGUCACUGACGCCGCCUGCUGCCGGGCUAAGCGCGCCAGAGGACGUGCAACUAAUCUUGUCCGCCGAUGAGGAGGAGAGCAGAAGCAGAUGUGAAGGGGCGCCAGUGUGCCUCCCCUGCAAGGCGCAGUUUCGCUGUUGCGCUCGCUGCUCUUCUUCGGUAGUCGCAGAGGCAGCGGCAAUCUCGAGCAAAGCCCCGGCUGUACUAGGCGCCUCAUCUGCGCCGCGUGAAGCUGCGUCUAACAUCACCUCUAACGCUCCAUGGAUUUGCAUCAACCAACUGCAGCGCAUGACGGCUCGUAGCAGCGACACAACUUCGCAGACGCCGUCGUCGUCAUCGCUGCAGUCAUGCUUCGCGCCUUCAGCGAGUACUCCACCCAUGCGGUCCGUGGAAGAGUGGAUGCAGCAGCAGCAUGAUUCCACUGAUAUGUUUCUCACCUCUUCCGAGGCUGAAUCUGUGGGUGCCGUGAAUGCAGAGGAUGAUGGCGCAGAAGGCGAGGUGGAGGGCGGGGCGUGCUACGCGGCCUUUUUCAGUCUAACGAUGCUUCCUGCAGCUGAGCGGGCAAAGCGCCUCAUGUCAAGCCUCGCGCGAUCGUCGGCGCCCGCAGCAGGAGCGACGGCGUCCAAGUCUCCUACUGUAUUCACGGUGCGCACACACCACCACACGCUUCGCAUGGGUCUGCCACUGCCGACGUCGCUCGACAAGGCUGACUCAUUUAGGACGCUGCAGAGUCCACUGACCUUGCGCGAGGCCAUCAUAGACCGCUUACGCUUGCAGCGCCGCCUUCGCGUUGAGCGCCUCCUUGAUACCAAGUCGGGGGCGGCUGUACUGCCGUGCGAGAGUGCACCGACGCUUCUCGCUGCACAGGUUGUGUCGCUGGAGGCUGAAUGCAGAGCUCCUCUGUCCGUGCGAAGCAAGCAGGAGGAAGGGCUCGCGCAGCGACUGGCUCCUCGAUCGCCGUUGGAAGCGCAGCAACAGUCCUCUUCUACACCCACCAAUGCCAGAGCUGGUGGUCCAAGCACAGAGACUGCAUCCGACCUCUCGGACCACCUGGUCAGCCUUCGAGCGCACCAUCACGGUGAUCAAUACUACUACGAUGGCGCCGAUGCCUACGGCUGGGCGGAGUGGCGUACGCUUAUCUCGGUAAGCGAGCUUGCGAGCGAGUCAGAGCUACGGCUGUCCUUCACAGGGAGUCGAGGCUCCAGUCAGAUGCCGAGGUACUCCUCGACGCCGCCUUCAACUGCUUCGUCUGAUGCUGCAUCGUCUGUGGUGUUGCUCUUCGCAGAGAGCAGCAGUUCUCACCGCGCGCCACGCCCGCAGGACGAUGACGUAUGCGCUGUGCAGACAGGGCCACUUGACGGUGUAGGGGUCGCCGGCAGCUCAGCAGGAAUGGAGCUUCCCAUGAGCACGGAAAAUGGCACGGAUGACCACGAGCAAUACCACGACCAGGGCAGCAAGGUUUCUGGUGACCAGGGCGGCUCCACAGCCUUCUUCUCCAUGAACGGAGAGGAGGCGACGACGCCGCUGUCGCCCAUGCAGGGCAACCUCGAGGGGCUGCGCGACUCCUUGUGCGACAUGAACGACGUAUUCAUCUACGAGGACGAGGAGACAGUCGUGGACGUCGAUGUUGUAGGCACCGGGGACAGAGGUGAUGGAAGCAGCGGUAACCAGCGGCAGGAGCGGCGCAGCUCCCUGGUGUGGAGCACACCGGUCGCCCGCGGUUCCGGCGCGGGCAGGAUGCUCACCGACACAGGUUUCAGUGCAACGCCUUUGACAUACCGGACGAGCACACAGCUCUCCCUGUCACCUCCCGCGUCACCGGUAGCCGUGCCUUGCAAAGCAGCGAUGACCGCGAUUAACGAGCAACCCACGCAGCGGAUGAUCUUCGCGACCUCGCCUUCCUCCACUGCAUCGCUUUUCCGGUCGGCUCACAGCGGCACAUCUGUCGAGGACGAGGAGGUGAUUGCAUUUGGCAGCGGUGAUGACGGCGCCGUGACGAGCGCGGGCGAGGUGCACGACGGUGAUGUGGCAGAUCAAGGUGCGGGCGAUGCCACUCGUGAAUUCCUCAUGUCUGUGGCGAGGGCCUCCGUUGCACCUCCAGCUUCCACCUCCUCAGCGAUGUCAAGCACCGACAGCAGCAUUGCCUCCGCUUCACACAGCAGUAACAUGAGCAGCAGCAGUUGUGCAAGAAGCGAUCAUCCAUCGACGCCGUCUUGCGAGGCGACAUCGUCUGUGCGACGCGAGGGUGCGGCGGCCUCAAGCAGCGAAAUGCCAGUGGCACCACUGUCUCUCGUAGACAGCGCUCCGGCAUUCGCUUUGUCGUCGCCUUCCCCGCAUAAGCCAAGGCAUGCAGUUGCACCAGCGCAUCCGGACGAGCAGACGACGCUCAUCGCGCCCUGCUCCGCUCCGCCGCCGUCGAGACGCUGUACCUCCGAGCAUGAGCUUCGCAGCCACCUCCAUAGCCUGAACCCCGUUGCCACCCAGCACAGCAGUGAGCGUGCAAGUCAAGGAGCGCCGGUGGUGGCCAGCCAGAGAUCCACCGAUGGGUGGGAUGCCAAAAAUGGCGAGAAAGCGGUGCUUCACGGUGAUGAUGGUGGCAGCUCUAGCGAACGAAAGCGUGCCCGCGGGCAGGAGAUGAUUGCCCUGGAUUCGACCGAUGCCCGUCCGAUGGCGGUGUUGAGGGGCGAAGGAGCACGUGCGGCGAUGGUGCUCUCCUCCUCGACCUCUGCAGGCGGCAUCGACGACGACCACUCCACCAACAGCUCCGUCUCGACGCCCUCGACCACCGUCGCUACCAGAUCUCUGCGCAUGCGCUCUCCGAUCAUCUUAUCACCAGGAGAACUAAGCCGCAUGGCGCUCAACAUGGCCGCCUCCGACGCGAUCCAGACAAGAUCAUCUUCCACGAGGCACCCCUUGGCACGCACUGUAGAGCUCGAUCUCGACGACGCUUCCGAGGUCUCUGAGGACACGCUUGGUCAUUACGGCUAUGGCGGCUACGUUGCGUCGUACACAGUGCCCGGCAGAGACGACCGGGAGGACCUCGUCCGCGAUGAUGAAUGGGGCCACGGCUCCCGGCACUCCUCCACCCAUCGUUCUCACAUGGCGAGGCCGACACAGCACUGUCAAAGUACUGUGUCGCAACCCGUGUCGCAGUCGUCUUGUCAGCAGGGUUCUGCUCCGCUAGUCGUUGCGACGACCACAGAAGAAGCGGCGGCGACGAUGGAUCCUGCGCACCACCUGGACGGCACAAAGCGCUGUCGCUCUUUGUCGUUCCCCGCACCAGCCCUUGAAACGUGGAUCUGCUUCACCGACGAUGACAGCGGCGGUACGGAGAGCGACCCAGACCACCACAUGCUGGUGACGCAGCAGGGGAUCCCUGUGUACACCACACGCAGUGACUCCUCUGCGGAGAGUGACGGAGGCGGCAGCGCAAGCGACGAAGACAGCAACGAGCGCGACACCGAUCACACCUAG